CAGAAUAUGGCUCUGGGGGUUCUGAUAGCAGUCUGCCUCUUGUUCAAAGCAAUGAAGGCAGCACUGAGCGAAGAAGCAGAGGUGAUCCCUCCUAGCACAGCACAGCAGAGCAACUGGACAUUUAACAACACCGAAGCUGACUACAUAGAAGAACCUGUAGCUCUGAAGUUCUCUCAUCCUUGUCUGGAAGACCAUAAUAGUUACUGCAUUAAUGGAGCAUGUGCAUUCCACCAUGAGCUGAAGCAAGCCAUUUGCAGAUGCUUUACUGGUUAUACGGGACAACGAUGUGAGCAUUUGACCCUAACUUCGUAUGCUGUGGAUUCUUAUGAAAAAUACAUUGCGAUUGGGAUUGGCGUCGGAUUGCUAAUUAGUGCUUUUCUUGCUGUCUUCUAUUGCUACAUAAGAAAAAGGUGUAUAAAUCUGAAAUCACCCUACAUCAUCUGCUCUGGAGGGAGCCCAUUGUGAGACCUUAUAAGACAUAGUCAUCAAGCCAUUUGUCAAAAGCCACAGGGAAUCCAAUGGAGAUCUUUGGAUGAUACAAAAUGUGAUAAGCUAACUUGAAAAUAAUGGUGGUUUGGGUCACAAUGCAGUAAUUGACCAUUGGUUCUUAGCUUUGGUCAUCGUUGGGUGCCAUGGAAGCUAUGGGAAUGAGCUACAGUAACAGAAGCCAAGUUCACUACCCUUCUUUGGGUUUGCUGUUGGGUGGUUGUUGUCACUGCAGGAAGAUUUGUUCUAUACUUCUGACCAUCUCAGAUGUGAAUUUUCAUUUUAAUUGUUUUCUACUACACAUCAAUCAAGUCCAAGUAAUGCCAUUUCCGGGUUCUUCGGGCACUCAACAUUUUGGGCCACCCGCCUCGAUGGACCUAAUAGCAAAGUAUCUGUCCUUAUGGAAUUUCAGGGAAUUUGGUAUCAAUUUUUAGAUGAAAACAGUGAAUGUCUCAGCUCCUUGAGUGAACCAAAGAUGCAUUACACCUAAACCACUAAAAGAAAAUGGAAUAUCCAAGGCAGCAUAAAUCCUACCCAGCUGGUGACAACAGUUUGCAAACUUCAUUCAUGUAGUUUGGAAGAAGCAGAUAAAUUCCUGAGGACUGAAAGUCACCUGGACAGCAGAUCCAGAGCAGGCAAAGUAGCUGUUCCUAUAUCGACCAUAAAGCCUGUGUGGGCUCAUCUGUCCCCUGAUGUUUUUGCCUAUCAUCUCAGCCUUACAUUGGAAGACUCACACUUGGUAUCCAUCGCUUGAACUGAAGUUCGACAAUUCACCUAAUGACUAAAAGCUUACAAUUGUUCCCAAAAUAUAUAGGAACAACAGCAUGUGGAAUGUAACCAUUUUUUGACGUGUUGAUAGCAUAUUUGCACAUGGGUUAAAAAAAGAAACAGUCGUAGAAAUACUUAUUAGGGAAUCAGUAUCCCUCCUUGGAAUUGCUUCUGCUACAUGAUUCAAUCUUGGGCAAGUCUCUUAUAUUCUUUGUGGUUUGGUUCCAUUCUCUACAAGACCCAUGCAGUUCCAAAAUUGAACUCUAAUAGAACUAAAAAAUACCUCCUAUAACUGCAUGGCAGGCAAGAUUAUCCUCAAUGCUUCCAUCCUCAGCCCCGUUUCUAACCCUCAAAUACCCACGAAUAUUAUCCUUACUAUAUAUUGUCAUGUUCAGUUUGUAAAAUAAUAACUUAUUUUGAAAAGAAAUAAAAAAUGAAAUUACAAAGCAA